GCAAAAUGGCGACCAAGAUAGGUCGUGAAAAACGCGCUUCGAAAAAACCUGAAACACCAAGCUUUUUUGACAAAAGAAAUGCUGAGGAAGUUGACUUUCCCCGUGGUGGUGCUUCUGCCUUAAGUCCACUUGAAGUGAGGAAAAUCAAGAAUGAGGCUGAGAAGGAUGUUCUGUUUGGGAAGUCAUCAGUAGAUCCAGAAUUGCUCCCAAAAAGUGGAAAGAAAAGUAAGAAGCCCAAGAAGUCUGAAGUGGAUGAUAGCAAGCCUGAAUUUAUAGAGAAGUCUAAAUCAAAGUUUGUGGAAACUCUGACUUUCAAGAAACUCUAUGUGGGAAUGAAAGUUCUGGGAGCUAUCCGCGAAGUAAAUGAAUAUGACAUGGCUAUAAGUCUGCCAAAUGGUUUGGGUGGAUUUGUUCAUAUUACAAACAUUAAUGAGAAGAUCACUGAGAGAUUAAAGAACAUCUUAGAGGUUGAUGAGAGUGGAAACACAGAGGACACACCAAGUUUCCCAGGGCUUGCAAAAUUCUUUACAGUAGGAUCUCUGGUGCAGUGUUCAGUCUUGGAAACUGAAGGCCCAAAACCUGGAAAAAAGAAAAUCAAAUUAUCUGUGGAUCCUAAAGAGCUUAAUAGUGGCAUCACCAAGUUAUCUUUAAAGCAAGGGAUGGUCCUUUCAGGGUUUGUAAAAAGUGUUGAAGACCAUGGCUACCUCAUAUCAUUUGGCAUUGAUGACACAACAGCUUUUCUACCAAAGACCAGUCUAAAUAGAGAAUUUGAAGAGGGGAAUCCCCUUUCACUGUUAAUUAAGUCUGUGGCAAAAGAGCAGAGAAUCAUAACAGUCAGCGUGGACACAGAUGAGGUUCAAGGUGCAAUGAUUACAGAGGAUAUGAAAUUGAAGUUCUCAGCACUUCUUCCUGGUAUGCUUGUCAAAGCAUCUGUAACUCAGGUGACUCAGAGUGGUCUGAUCCUGGAUUUUCUGGGAGGAUUUGAAGGAUCGGCAGACAUAAUUCAUCUUCCAAACUGUGGUGGGGAUGGAAAGAAUUUGGAAGAAACCUAUCCAUUGAAGAAAAAGGUGAAAUGUCGCAUUCUGUAUGUGAAUGCCAAUAAGAAGACAGUAGGUGUAAGCCUUCAAGAGACGACUGUACUCCAUAAAACUGCAACCUUUGGUCAUUGGUCAGUUGGUGAUGUCAUUGAUGAUGCCGCUGUGUUCAGAGUUGAUCAGAAAAUGGGUUUAUUUUAGAAGUUUGGAAUGUUUGUCUCUUUAACGGACCACAUCAAAGGCUUGUGUCGUACACUUCAUUUAGCAGAUAUAAAUCUUCAACAUCCAGAGAAGAAAUUGAAAGAAGGAAAAACUGUGAAAUGUAGGGUUCUCUCAGUUUGGCCAGAUCGACGCCGUUUGCUGCUCACUCACAAGAAGACACUGAUAGAGUCAUCGCUUCCAAUCAUCACUGAGUACUCUCAAGCACAGCCUGGAGUCAGUUGUCAUGGCUUUGUUGUAGCCAUCAAAGACUUUGGCUGCUUUGUAUUAUUUUACAAUAAUGUCAAGGGCUUGGUGCCACUACGUGAGCUUGGGAUUCCGGCCGAUACUGAUCCUCGCAGUGCAUUCUACCUUGGACAAGUCGUGUUAUGCCAUGUGUUGAGUUGUGAGCCAGACCAGAUGAGGUUAAGGCUGUCGUUGCAGAAAAGUUCCAGGCCUGGCCCUGCUUUGGAAAAUGUCAACAUUACAACAUCCUUGUUAGAAGCUGAUGUAGUGAACAGCAGCGAGGAAGGGCUGGAUGUUGCACUUCUUCCUAGUGGUGCACCAGCAUUUCUUCCAGUUCCGCAUUUAUCAGAUCAUGUCAGCAACUGCAAGGCUCUCCUCUCUGUCUACAAACCCUCAACAAGAUUGACCAAUGUUUUUUGUUAUGGCAGGAAUAAGAGGCAGGAAAUUACUGUUUCGUUGAAACCAUCUCUUGUAAAAGCUGCAUCUGAGGAAAGACUUAUUACCAGCUUUAACGACGUCGAAGUGGGAAUGAUCUUACCUGGUUUUAUCAAAAAAGUGAUGAGUUAUGGAGUGUUCGUUGAGUUUUCAACGGGAAUUUUUGGGCUUGCUCCAAACUCGUUUCUUGCUGAUCAUUUUGUGUCAGAACCCGCUUUUCACUUUCCUACUGGACGGACAGUUAUGGCAAAGGUCACUGAAAUUGAUGAAGAAAGGCAGAGAUUUCUUGUUAGCCUCAAAAUGUCCGACUGUUGCCCUGAAAUUAUCGUUGAAGGGAGUUCUGAUCCUGCUGUAGAGUUGUUGGAAAAUUAUCUCUUUGAGAGACAGACGAUUGUUCAACAGUUAGCAUCCAGUUCAGGUGUGUAUGAGGACAUGCAGGCUCUGUUUUCACUUGGUCCAGGAUCCUGUGUUGAGGCAAAGGUUCUUAGUGUGAAAUUCCGAGGCAUCCUUUUACAGCUUGCCAACGGCGUUCAGGGUUUUACUCCCCACCAGCUUGCCAAAGGAGUAAGCUGUGAGCCAGGCGAAGUUGUGUUCGGCUGUGUUUUGGACUGGGAUUUCGAUAAGAAAUGUGUGAUUGUCUCACUAAAUCCAGAACUAGUAGCUGAAAGGAAGGCCGUGGAGACUCAAAAAGAAAAACAAAAAAGGCUGAAACAUGGACGCAUUUUAAAGGCUUGUGUUCAACUAAUCAAGGACAACUACAUUGUGGUGACGAUUCCUCAACACAAUUACCAGCUGGCGUAUGCACCUACUAAAAUGCAUUUGAACGACAUCAGAGAUGCAUCAAAGCGAUUUGCUGUGGGACAAGAAUAUUCUUCAAUAGUACAAAGACCAGUCAAGGCGAACGACAGCCUUCUACCUCUAGUGAUCCUUCAAGAAAAACGAAUUGGAAAGGAAAAUGUCGUGCCUGGUGCUAUUGCCACAGCGCAGGUGAAGUCAGUUAAGGACCUUCAAAUGAAUGUGAAUUUGUGUAAUGGGAAAUUUCAUGGAAGAGUGCAUGUCACAAAAAUUUGGGAUGAGGUUGUACAGGGAGAGUCGCCACUGAAGGGCUUCCACAAUGGUGAUAAAAUUCAAGUCAAGAUUCUUGGAUUUCGCGAUGUGAAGACGCACAAGUACUUACCAGUAACGCACACCAAUUUCACUAAAUCUGUAGCCGAGCUGACAAUGAAACCCAGUGAGUUAUUAGAAGUCAGCAGUGAUCAGCAGAGUGCUUCAAAUGGAAAUGCUGAAGGGAGCGGAGCUGACAAGAAACUUGUGGACUACCAAGUUGGGGAAGAAGUAAAUUGCUAUGUGAAGUCGGCCACAGAUUAUUGCGUGUGGAUGAUGUUGAGUCCAGCUGUAAACGGGAGAGUAGCGCUUCUACACGCCUCGUCUGACUUGGAGGUGUUGAAGUCCCUUAAAACUCAUUUCAAGCCUGGAGAUGGAUACAGAUGUGUGGUGUUGAGCGUGGAUGAAGAAAAAAAAUUGCUGGACCUUUCAAUCAAUGUCAAAGCUGGAUCUAAAAUCGAGGUCACCCAAGUGCUAGCAGGCCAAGUUGCUAAGAUUUUUCCCGACCAAGGACUCCUCGUCCGGCUUCCCAUGUACAAAUAUGGUGUGGUCGGUCUCACAGACCUCAGUGACAAUUAUGAGGAAAAUCCUUUGGAAAGCUUUACAACCAUGCAGCUUGUUAGGUGUUUUGUCCUGUCAACGAAAAGCAAAGACGAAUUCGAUCUGUCACUUAGACCUUCAAGGACACAAGCAGUGGCAACAAUAAACGAGGAAGUUGCAAAUACUAACGAGGAGGAUCGCGAGAUCAACAGCAUAAGUGACCUAAAAGAAGGGGACAUCAUCCGGGGCUUUGUUAAGAGUUGUUCUGAUGUGGGUGUCUUUGUCAGUCUGGCCCAUCACAUUGUUGGCAGGGUACAAAUAAAGAACUUAUCGCAGUAUUUUGUGAAGAACUGGAAGCCUUUAUUCCCUAUGGGAAAGUUAGUUAAAGGCAAAGUUUUAAGUAUUGACCUGAUCAAAGGACACCUGGAGUUGUCUUUGAAAGGGAGAGAUGUCGGUGGACCCGACCCAGCACCAAAACCAACGCGUUUGGAUGAAAAAGAGAAACGAGACAAAGAGAAGAAAGAACAGAAAAGGAAGAGAAAGAAGGAGAAAGAGAAUAAAACAAAAGAAGGAUCAGAUGAUGAAGCAGAAGUUAUUUUAAAGAAACUCAAAGCAGAUUCCGAUCACGAGGACAGCCCAGAAAGUGAAAGCGAAGAAGAAGACGAGACAUCUGGAAACAUUUCAGAUGAAGAGGCUGACGACGCAAAUUCGCACAAAUCGAAUGGAGUACCAAGAUUGGAGAUUUCAAGCGGAUUUGACUGGAGCGAGGACGGAAAUUAUAGAGAAAGGACACAAAAGAGACAACAUGAGGAUAAUAACGACAAUGAUGAGAGCAGCGAGAGUGAAACUGAAGCCAGUGGACAGGUUUCUCGUAAGAAGAGUAAAAGACAGAAGAGGGCAGCAAAGAAAGCCGAAGAGGAGUUCUUAUACAAGACGGAACAAUCGCUUUUAGAUCAGGAUCGCUUGCCAGAGACUGCCGAGGACUUCGAUCGCGCUGUGUUAUCAUCGCCUAACAACUCAGUAGUGUGGUUGCAGUACAUGGCGUAUCACCUUCAUACCACAGACAUCGAUAAGGCACGAACGGUGGCCGAGAGAGCAUUGAAAACUAUAUCAUUCAGGGAAGAGCAAGAGAAACUAAACGUGUGGGUGGCCCUAAUGAACUUAGAAAACCUUUACGGCACGCAAGAGUCCUUAGUUAAGGUGUUUGAGCGAGCCCUACAACAAAAUGAGCCCAAGAAAGUGUUCUUUCAACUUAUUGGUAUCUACUCAAGAACGGAUAAAACGGAGUUGGCCGAGCAGUUGUACCAUACGAUGGUGAAGCGGUUCAGUCAAAGUAAAAAGGUGUGGAUCGGCUUCAGUUCGUUCUACAUGAAGCAAGGAAAGCUUGACUUGGGCAGGAAAUUGUUGCAACGAAGUCUAAAAAGUCUGCCGAAGAGGAAACAUAUCGAAACUAUAGUCCAAUUCGCCCUGCAUGAAUUCAAAUAUGGUGAGCCACAGCGAGGGCAGACAAUGUUCGAGAGCAUUCUGACCAACUAUCCAAAAAGGAGCGACCUGUGGUCUGUGUAUCUGGAUAUGAUGAUCAAACAAGGAGACAUUGAACCUGUUAGGCAAAUUUUUGAAAGAGUUAUCCACAUCAAUCUGUCCUCGAAAAAGAUGAAGCUCUUUUUCAAGCGGUAUCUGGACUUUGAGCGGCAGUACGGUGACGCACUCAGUAUAGAAAAUGUCAAGACUAAAGCAGUGGAGUAUGUUGAAUCAAAGGCGGCCCUGAUUUAAGAUACCGUUUAGUCCUUGAAUUUCUUAAGGUUGCUUCGAGGCUGUAGUAGUAGUGAUUAUGCUGGCGGUGCCACUCUUUGGAGUCGCUGGAGCUCGCGAUAGAAGUCAGAGAUGUUUCUUAGUGACAUGACAUUUUCUGGGGAAAUAAUUUGUGACGACAAACUCGUCUUUUUUCGUUUUUGUCCAACGACAAAACAAAUGAAUUAUUCUUAUAGGAACUUAUUAGAUAAAAAAGAAGGGCUAUAGAGAAAACUCAAACCACGAGGGAAAAACAUUUUUUAAAAUUUAUUUACUCUACGCAAAAAGAUCAAUGUGAGACUACAUUUUUAUGCAUUCGAACUUUGGCCCUUGAGUUUUCCAUUUUACUGAAUACAAUAUUUUUACUCUGAUAAACGCAAGGAGUGGAGGCGUUUCAUAAAUGAACUGUGCUCUUUGAAAGUGAGGGAGUUAAAAGUUCUGCGAGGAGGUUUUUGUUUCGGGGAAACUUCUCGCUGAAGUUUCGCAUGUUCGUGUCUCUGAUUUUAAUUGGUGCAAAGUGGUGUUUCGGCAAGUGCUCGUUUUGUGGUAUUUCUCUUGUUUUCUUUUCUCUUGAAAAUUCCAAAUUGCCUUAAUAGUGCGGAAGAAAUGACCAUUUUAAAGAUUUGCCGUUGAUUAUUUAUUAUACGCAAGUUUGAGUUUUAUGAUAGUCAACUGUCAAUAAAUUAUUCUAUGAAAUAAUUAGGCAAUCCGACUGCAGCUGUCGUGGUUCUUUUUUUCUCUCUAGCUUAUCCGUUCCUUUAUUUGUUUGUGAAUUGAUAUUUUAAAAGAAGAACUUCGAGUACAAUAGUUAUUCCGCGUACAGUACACAACAGUAUCAUGCUCUUAUAUACAGAACAGUGCCUACAGUGACUGUAUUAUUAAAGUAUUUCGGUACAUCUAUUGACCAAAUUUUUUCCUCUUCAAUCUGUGAAACCGCUGUCGAUGCACUUUUACAAGAUUAAGUGGAAUCUAACGAAGUGUGUCAUUAAACCAUCAGCCAUGAUGUGAUGUUCAUCAG